AUGAAUACAUAUCUGGGAUGUGUGACAACGUCGGACUCCCGUGGGUCGCAGUUUGGCCGUCAAAAAGUCCAGGCUGUCUCGUCGAAUCAUGGUCCGAAUUUGGCUGCGACCAUCGACCGCAUUGCCAACGCAUCUGCCUCCAGGACCCACGGAUACGCCAACAAUCAAGAAUCAGUUCAGACUGUUGUUCUAACGAGGACGCAAUUGGACAAACCCUGGGGAUUUCGGAUUCAGGGGGGUCAGGAUUAUAACCUUCAGUUAACGGUGAAAAAGAAUAAAAAAGAGGAGGCAAUAAAGGGCAUUUCCGUUGCAUUGUUUCGAGAAUGCGACUCAAAGUGGGGUCGACCGAGUCCCAAGCCUCUUAACACCAGUCGUCAAAUCCUGUGA